CAGUACCUGGCCAAUACCACCCCCUCCAUCCGGGCCCUAUAUCCCCACCAUGCGCACCCCUCUCAUCUGCCCUGGACUCUGUGCAGCCACACCACGCUGUCCCCGAGAGCUCUAGAAAGCUGGUCACUAACUUUGCAGACGGAUGAGCUCUGAGCAGCCAGAGGAGACUGGCGCUGUCAACGCUGUCCCCGUCCUGCCAGCUUGGAUGCCCUCACGGGGUCCUCCUAGGCUCCAGACUGGAACCCUGAUCAUGGAACCUUGAGGUGGCGCUGACCCCCGGAGCUCAGUGGCAGCCCCCACUACCCCAGGCCCUUCCUGCCCCUCCCACCACCAGCUUGCCGGCUCCCAGAGGGAGGGGUGGGGAGGGGAUCCUGAUCUGACCGGGCAGGGGGCUCCCGUCAUGAUGCUCAACUCAGACACCAUGGAGCUGGACCUGCCUCCCAGCCACUCGGAGACCGAGUCGGGCUUCAGCGACUGUGGGGGCGGGGCAGGCCCCGACGGGGCUGGGCCUGGGGGCCCCGGGGCGGGCCAGGCCCGGGGACUAGAGCCGGGAGAGCCCGGCAGGAAGGACCUGCAGCACCUGAGCCGGGAGGAGCGGCGGCGGCGGCGCCGCGCCACCGCCAAGUACCGCACGGCCCACGCCACGCGGGAGCGAAUCCGCGUGGAGGCCUUCAACCUGGCCUUCGCCGAGCUGCGCAAGCUGCUGCCCACGCUGCCCCCAGACAAGAAGCUCUCCAAGAUAGAGAUCCUGCGCCUGGCCAUCUGCUACAUCUCCUACCUGAACCACGUGCUGGACGUCUGAGCCGCCUGCCUCCCCCGGGAUCCUCCCCGCACCCCGGGGCUCCUGCGGUCCCUUCUCCCCGCUUCCAGCUUAGGCCGGCCGUCUCCUCCCUGCGCCCCUACCUAGGCCUGCAGUCCCACCGGCUGGCGGGGAAGGCGACUUUAUUUUUCCGACCUGAGCACCCCGAGGGUACCCUCCGCAGUUGCUGGUUAGACGCGGCUGCUUAGCAAGCUUGCCGGGGUGGUCGGUGCACAGCCCUUGCUGGAUGUCCCGAGCCGCCCACACCGGGCGCCUCCCUGAGCUCUCUCACGGCCUGCUGCCUCUUCUUCCCGCGUGUCCGAAAGUUCAUAGACCCCAGGCGCUGACCCUCACCCAAACCUCUUUCCACCCCGUUCCAGCUUCUCUUGCCCGCAGUUGGGACGGGCGUCCGAGCAGGAAGGGGAGAAGCUGGGCUUAGAGCGGGUGGGCUCCUUCCUCGGAGGCCGCUGCUGGCGCGGCGCCCGCGGGGCUGGCCCUUGGGAGGGAGGGAGG